AUGCUUCUCCAAACCAUCACGACACUAGCGCUCCUGGCAGGCCUCGCCGCCUCGCAGCAGACCUGCGCCCUCUCGACCACGGGCCAGCAGGGCCUCUGCCUUUCCACGUCCAGCUGCAGGAGCUCGGGCGGCACCUCGACGCCCAACCUCUGCCCGGGCACGCCGGCCGACGUCCAGUGCUGCACCUACGGCACCUGCACCGUCCCUGCCCAGGCGAACCUCACGGGCCUGUGCGUGCCGUCCGCCUCGUGCACCGACGGCACCGUCACCAGGGGCCGCUGCCCCGGCGACGCGGGCAUCACCUGCUGCACGUGGCGGUCGUGCAGCGCACCCGGCGGCGUUCCCGGGUCGUGCGUGCCGGCCGAGGGCUGUGCGGCGGGCGGCACGACGACGAGCGGGUUGUGUCCGGGCCCAAAGGGGGUUAAAUGUUGUGAUUAUGGCAGGUGCAAAGCGGACGGGAGGGAUGGGUUCUGUCAGCGCCGCGGCACGUGUGGUGGGACGGCCGUGGCGGGUGGCGGGUGUGCUACCGCUCUGGGGGUCGAGUGUUGUGUGAGUGCGGGCGGCGGAGGCGGCGGUGAGGAGUGCGGCCCGCCCAAGCUGAACCAGGCCUCGUUGGAUCUGGUCAAGGAGUUUGAGGGAUGGUUUCCUGAUAUUUAUCUCGACCCGGUCGGCCUCCCCACUGUCGGAUACGGCCACCUAUGCAGCAACCCAAGCUGCUCCGAGGUCCCCUACCCGAUCCCUCUGUCCGUGGCCGACGGGGAGGCGCUGCUGCAGUCGGACCUCGGCAUCGCGCGCCGCUGCCUCUCGGAGGACCUGGUCGACUCGGUGGUGCUGAACCCGAACCAGUACGGGGCGCUGGUCAGCUGGGUGUUCAACAUGGGUUGCGGGGCGCAAAAGUCGUCGACGCUGACGGCGAGGCUCAACGCCGGCGAGGACAAGAGCGUCGUUGUGGGCGAGGAGCUGCCGAGGUGGGUUUACGCCGGCGGCCAGGUGCUCAAUGGUCUGGUCAGGAGGAGGAGGGCAGAGGUUGUGCUGUUUGACACGCCGGCUGAGGGUGUUGCUCAUCCGCCGAGACCGUGCUAG